UGGGUGUCUGCCUUUGCCUUACAUUGCCUUAUCAAAGGUUGGUGGUGAUCCAUUGCAGUGACGAACUUGUCCAAGCUUCCCCUCACAAAGUGAAAUUGUGCUGAUCUUGGUACCGCGCAGUAGGUAAGAUGUGUGCCCCCUCCCCCAUAUAUACCCGUCCUAGGUCUCGUCAUCCGAAGCUACCGGAUUGCUUCUCACGUUCCUUGCUCUUCCCGUCCCACACCGCUAUCUUUGUAUGAAGAAUAGUUGUAUUCAAGAGCUCAAUUGGACGCCAUGAUCAACAUCGCAUUGGCACUCGUAGCUCUGGCUGUCUUGCCUCGGGCAGCCCAGGCUCUGUAUGAGAAUGGCUCUGUCAUUGCUCCGUGCGACUCACCCAUCUAUUGCUAUGGUGAGAUACUGAAGGAAAUCGAGUUGGCGAGGCCUUUCUCCGAUUCGAAGACGUUUGUAGACAUGCCUGCCAUCAAAUCUCUUGAAGACAUCCAAGUUGCUUUCAACAACAUAUCGAAGCCACUCAGUAACAACACGGAGCUCAACGACUUCCUGCGCGCCAACUUUGCUCAAGCGGGUAACGAGCUCAAAGCAGUCCCCAAGGACCAGCUGAAGACAGACCCGAAGUUUCUCGAGAAGAUCAACGACACUGUGAUCAGGGAGUUUUCACAGAAGGUCAUCGACAUUUGGCCGGACCUUACCCGCACCUACGUAGGGUCGGGCGGUAACACCUCGUUCCCCAAUAGCUUCAUCCCGGUGAACCGAACAUUCGUCGUCGCUGGUGGGCGAUUUCGAGAGCCAUACUACUGGGACAGUUACUGGAUUCUCGAGGGCCUCCUGCGGACCGGUGGUGCCUUCACCGAAAUCUCCAAGAACACCGUUGAAAAUUUCCUCGAUUUUGUGGAAAGAUUCGGCAUUGUGCCCAAUGGAGCCCGAGUUUACUACCUUAAUCGCUCACAGCCGCCGUUGUUAGCGCAAAUGGUGCGUCUCUACGUUGAGUAUACCAACGAUAGGAGCAUUCUUCAGCGGGCAAUUCCACUGUUGAUCAAAGAGCACGAGUUCUGGACCACCAACCGCACCAUUGAAGUCGUAAAGAAUGGAACCACAUAUCGUCUAAACCAAUACAACGUAACCAACACACAACCCCGUCCGGAAUCGUACAGAGAAGACUACAUCACUGCUUCUAACAGCUCAUAUUACUCUACAAGCGGCAUAAUCUACCCGGAAGUCGAGACAUUGAACGAGACCGAAAAGGCUCGUGUGUACGCCAACUUGGCUUCCGGCGCCGAGAGUGGCUGGGACUACACUUCUCGCUGGAUUGCCAGGCCCGAGGAUGCGACGAGGGAUGUCUACUUCCCUCUGAGAUCUUUGAACAUUCUCAACACCGUGCCAGUGGAGCUCAACGCCAUACUCUAUUGGAACGAGAUCACCAUUGCUGCUCUCUUGAAAUCCACAGACAACAGCACCGGAGCAGCCGCCUGGACCCAGCUCGCCAAUAAUCGCAGUGAGGCAAUGUACGACCUGAUGUGGAAUUCGACUUUGGCAAGCUAUUUUGACUACAACGUCACCUCGGGAGCCCAGAACAUUUACAUCCCGAAGGACGACGACGCUAGCGAUGUCGAGACCAAAACUGCCGAAUCAGAGCAGCAAGUCCUCUUCUCCGUUUCUCAGUUCUAUCCCUUCUGGACGGGGGCGGCACCGGCCCAUCUCAAGAAUAACCCUUAUGCCGUAAAGCAAGCGUUCGAGCGCGUGGAGAAGUAUCUGGACAUCAAGAAGGGCGGCAUCCCGGCCACGAAUCUCAAGACUGGGCAACAAUGGGAUCAACCCAAUGUCUGGCCACCGCUCAUGCACAUCCUGAUGGAAGGAUUACGCAAAACGCCUGCUACCUUCGGGGAAUCGGAUCCCGCGUGGUGCGAUGUUCAGAAGCUUGCACUCCGCCUCGGCCAGCGGUACCUAGACUCAACCUUUUGCACAUGGUAUGCGACGGGAGGCUCCACGAGCGAGACCCCCCAGCUGCAGGGCCUGUCAUCCCAGAACGUCGGUACCAUGUUCGAGAAGUAUGGCGACAACGCGACCAAUGUCGCCGGAAGUGGAGGAGAAUACGAGGUGGUGGAAGGUUUCGGCUGGACGAACGGCGUCCUCCUAUGGGCGGUCGAUGUGUUCGGAAACGACUUGAAGCGGCCAGAUUGCGGAAACAUAACGGCGGCCAACGUUCACCCUGGAAAGAGAAGCUUACCUCAACGCGCGGUUGAGCUGAACCACUACGAUGCAAGCUGGACCAAGAAGUUUGGCAGGCGCGCGGUAGAGGCAUAGAAGAAGUUGUGAAGCCACCGAGAAGUCACUAAACGAGUGCAUCGCACUGAUUUGCAAUCGCUAGACAUAAUACUAUGCAUACAUAAUUCACAUCGCGUAAUGCGGAAACUGUUGGUAUGCUUGUCGUUCUCGGAGUCAAAUAACGGGACUUUGGCUUUCUUGCUCGUCGUCAUUGCGACUAAGAAGCUCUACUCUAUAAAAAGCACCGGGAAAGGAACCCGGUGAAGGGUUAUGAGUGGUGUGGAUGGCAAGGACGAGGGCAAGAGAAAUACACAAGGCGAAAGUGGCAGUUUAUCACAAUCAAAGACGCUUGCAACGGCCCUGAAUUCCGUUCCCC